AUGACCGCCACAGGAGUUGGCAGUCCGAUGACUCUUGCAGAGGAGGACAUCGAACUACAGCUACAUGCUGAACGUCGCUAUUUUGAAAGCUGUCACUCUCCGGCAGAUGAGCCAUCCGCAGCUCGCUACCAAUCUGCUGAACUUAAUUUCAUGACGGCUUCUCUAUCUCUCAUGUUGUUUCUUCGGAAAAUUCUCAGAGCCGUCUACGCAACUCGGCCUGUGACAUCCCAAAGCGCAGCUUUGAAUGUCAUCGAAGACAAGCUGAGGCACUACAACACGAUCGCCACACCGCCUGACGAUAGUUCACGACCUCUAAUCUUCAGUCUUUUGCUUCGGCUGCGCCUUCUCUUCAAUCAGUUGGUUUUCUACCGUGGAAUCGUGUUUGGCCGCAUUCAACAUGAAAAGCGGAUAUACUACGAAGAAGCUCUCCUUUCAACAGUGGUUGAGAUGUGUGAAGUCGUACGUCAUCUUGACUCGCAUAGGUGUCUACCUGACUGUCCGAGUUGGACAACCACUGCUCUCUUUCAUGCGUCAGCUGUGCUAUUGAACUUUUAUGCUGGUAAAAGCUCUAUUGAGGCAUCUGAUACAGCAAUCGACUUACCUACACUUAUCAUUCAAUUGAUUGGGAACCUAGAGAAGAUGGAGGAGACAUGGAGUUUUGCUGCUUGGAUAGGCAGGGCAGUGAGGACUGCUUUGGACUCGGUCAAAAGGAAGGUGGAUCUUCGACAACAAAAGCAAGACCCACCAACGCGAGGCGGUGAUUCCUUCGAUGCAGAGCGUAGUCCGUUGACAAGUCUAACAGCAGAUAUGCCCCUCGACGAUGGUUUUAUGGAUAUUUUCGAUUGGCAUGCAAUCUUUGCCAAUAGAAUACCGUUCCAAUGA